UUUCCUUCCUGUGUCUCUCCAAAGAGGCUGGUGUGUUUGAUCGGACUCUGUCCUCCCCACAGGAUCAUCAAGAACGUUGUCAGGAGCUUCAAAUACCUCUAUGGACUGCGGUUUGAGGUGAAGGGCCUGGAACACUUCCAGGUAGAGGGCCCGUGCGUCAUCAUCUCCAACCACCAGAGCGUCUUGGACAUGAUGGGGCUGAUGGAGAUCCUGCCAGACCGCUGUGUCCAAAUUGCCAAGCUGGAGCUGCUCUACUAUGCCUCCGUGGGCCUCAUCAUGUACCUGGGCGGGGUCAUUUUCAUCAACCGGAAGAGCACUGGCAGCGCCAAGUCCAUGAUGUCCGAAGUUGGCCAAGCCAUGACCAAAGACAACGUGAAAGUUUGGAUCUAUCCAGAAGGCACAAGAAAUCUGAAUGGGGAUCUGUUGCCAUUCAAGAAGGGAGCAUUCCACUUGGCGAUCCAGUCACAGGUUCCAGUCAUUCCUGUGGUGUAUUCUUCCUUUACUACAUUUUACAACCCGGAGAAGAACCUGUUUACAUCAGGUAGAGUCAGGGUUGAGUCCUGCACCACCCCAUCCCACCCACAGCUGGCCUGACGGGCGCCCUGCGGGACCCCUCAGCAACAGGUGCUAUGCCUCCAUGAGAGAGACCUUCUUCAGACUCUCAGGAACAGCCAGCAAAGCCGAUGGAUCCGCACCCAGCCUUGCUCAGGAGUAGCAGGGCUCCCACACACCAGACCAAAGGACUUCUGCCUGCUGCCAAAAAUGUCAGAGGCUCACUUUUUUGGGGUCAUGGGGAUCUUUGAAAAAUCCAGAGCAGGAAUCUCUGUACGAGUAUAACACUGUGAAAGCAGUACUGCCUCCUAUCUUCUCUUUUCCCCCUCAGACCAGCAGGCUCUGAGGGAGAGAUCUGGUUUAGUAUUUGCUGGAGUGCUUUCCAGAAUUCUGUUCUUGAAGACCCUGAUGGUGGCCCAUUUGGUGCUUCUCAGCAACUCUGACUGAUGACACCCAGACACGCAUUCUCUCUUUCCCCCCUCUCCCCCCACCCCGGUUUUUUUUGGGAUGUAUUUGUAGACCUGGGAUUUAUAGAGACCCUCUUAUCUUUUCAAGGGUUGGAGAACAUUGAGAGGUUAUAAUCUUUGCCUCUUCUGAGACCACGGGAGAGCUUUGGGCUGGGCUUUGGCAGUUUGUACAGUUUUCCCCAUGACAGAUCUAAGUACAGUUCAAAUAUUUUGGGGUAGCUGUUUGACUUUGUUGAGGAGGAAGUGAGACCGGGGGCUCCCAAGCGACCCUGUGCUGGCAGCCGGGAGUGGCCCCUUCAUCUGUCACUUUCACAGGCAAGCUUGAUGAUGGGGGGGGGGAAGGGGGGUGGCCUUUCUUGCUGCUGAAAGUAGAAGCAGGCGGGGGUGUGGAGGACUGACCAGAAAAGCACAAGAUGCUGGGUUCCCAAAUGACAGCCUGCUGCUAUCCCCUUUGGGGUUGUGUUGUGUUGCUCCAAAAUUGGGGGGGGGGGGGGCAUAAGGGAGGCUUUAGCCCUCCUGCAAAUGUUAGAGUUCUUGUAAAGCCACGUUUCCUCAUUUGGGGUUGGCCCAGGCCUCUCUGGCUGACCAAGAAAUACCUCACAAACUUCACAAAGAUGGUAGUGAGCCGGGGUUAGGGUUAGGGGGGGCUGUAAAUGCGCUUUGCACAAAGCUGUGCCACUGGGAGCCAGAAAAUGUGUUCUUUGAAAAGAGGGUGGACAAAGAUAGCUUUCUUAAGAGUGCUCUCUGGCCUCCUGCGUCCAUUGGGAAGCCCCUCUGCUCAAAGCAGAAUGUCAAGAGUGAAGCUCUCUCCAAAGGAAGAAUCAAGGUAAAACUGACUCUCCAAAGCCAUUUAUCACCGAAGAUUCACAGUCAUUAAAAUUGGAAUCUGGUGACUUCCAUUCCAUACCUGUGCUGUAGAGCUAUCUGCCCUCUUAGAUGUGUGGGUCCUCACAAGGUUGCAGGGGUUGCCUUCUGGCUGCACAGGCAGCGUGACCUUAAUUGCUCUCCAUUUUUUGUCCAGAUGCUCUGGCUUGUUAAUCAGGUAGGCGAAAUGCAUUUGGUAUGCUGGCAAAGGCUUUCACAGUCAGAAUCAACUGGCUGUUGUGGGUUUCCUGGGCUUUGUGGCUGUGGUCUGGUAGUUUUUGCUCCUAACGUUUUACCCACACAUGCAGGUGAAACAUUGGGAACAAAAACUACCCAACCACAGCUGCAUAGCCCAGAAAACCUACAACAGCGAAAAUGCCUUUGCUUUAGGUUGGACUUCUCCCCUGCCCCGUGUGUGGGGUGGGUGGGAUGCAAUUCUGUAUUUAUUCUUGGGUAAUCCCAUUAAGUUAUGGUGGGGUAUCUUUUUGAAAGACAAUGAUUUUAGGACUGCAGUCCAAGGGCACAACCCCAUAGGAAGUCCCCAUUGAAACACAGAGUUCCCAUUCAACGCAGUGAGGUUCAUGCCAGACGGAACAAUCUCUGGGGUUUCCCCCUAUCAUCUUUGACAAACAGUCAGGAAGCACUUUUGGCAACAUAAAAGCACAUGACUGUAGCAUGAAGCAAACUGUUUGGUCGUGUGACUGUUCACUGUGGAUGUUCCCAUGUUCCUCAGUGGGGAGGAGCGCAUGAGGCCUCCCCCUCUGCGUCUGCUUGUCUGAGCGCUCUCUUUGAGUGCCAGCUGGCCUCUCUAGAUACGAUUGGAGCCCCCUGGGGCUUCCCACAGCUGAGGCACAAGAAGGAAGGGCUGGUCCACGUGUUGGGGUGUAUCUGGGGUCUGCACUAGACAGUGGUGGCUCUCAGCCUAUGCUGGGCAGCAAAGAGGGUGGCAGGUGUGGUCAAGCAUUCCUGUGUCUGCAGAGGGCAGCCACCGUUGGCUGUAGCCUCUGAGCUGCUGGGGAAACGCUGCCUGGCCCAGCUCCCUUCCAACAUCUCUUGGGGGUCUCAGAAAAUCCGCCACUUUGCCAAAGGGGCCGUGCGUAAAGAGGGGGUCGAUGUGCUUCAGGAGAACCAUCUGCUGGGAAACUUGACGAAAGCAGGGAGGAACCUACGGCUGCAACCUUUUGACGGUGCUUCAGCAUGUUCAGAGGAGGGAGCCAUGGAGGUAUGUCUGACUGGGAAGGAUCCCGCAAGGCCUGCUGUCCGAUUGGUUUACAACCAGAGACGCCGCAUCCCUUGUCCCUGCAGAUCAGCUGGACCAUGAAAAGCAGGAGAGUUGCCUCUGCUCCAUCCGCUCCUUCGCUGCCUGCCUCUGGGCAACAGGGUUUGUGCUUCUGCUUUGAUUCCAGCUGGGCAAAGGAAAUGGAUCCUCCCUGGAAGCAAAGCCCCCUCCCCCACCCCCCCACCCCCAGUAAGGAAGGGCGGGCAGUCUAGGCGUCCCUGGGCCAAGCAAAGCACUCCUCUGCAGGUCUUUCUGGAGAGCUGGCCCGCGUGCCCCAGCACAACAGUGUCUGGUUUAGCAAUCCAGCAAGUGCUCGAACUGCCCUGUCGGUUUUGUGCUUCAAUUUGUUUUGAGUAGGAAGGGCUCGUGCAAAUGAGUUGCUACAAUAAAGGAGAUGAGGUCAAGAGCAGAAAGUAGCCCAGUGGCUUUGAACAGAUGAAGGCAGGCCCGAGUGAUGCAGCCGCCUGACCCCGAUGUUCGAGGCUCUGCCUUUAGGAAGGGUGGGUGGGUGGGUGGUCGGUGUGGAUGGCAGCCAGCGCUCAGCUCUUGCCCAGCCAUGACCUGCUUCAUUUGGUGGCUCAGCAUAAAGAAACCAGGGCAGGGAUCUCUGCCCCUCAAAACAGGGCUGUGCUGAGGGGCCAUUUUCACCUCCAGGGGACUAAACAUUACUCAGGUAACGUUAUUCCCUUGAGGGAGGCAGCAGGUAGCACAGAAGAGCAACUCCAGGCCGCUGGACCCCUGCCUGUGCCUCCAUUUUGCCUGAUGCCGCCUCUGCUGAGGGUAGAGCCCCAAACUCAGUUUCCCUGGACUGAAUGGAGCAGGUGAGUGUGGAAAGGGGUCUAAAACCGACUGUGCAAGAAUUAGUCUGAACUACUUUGGUGUAAUACGAGAUCUCUGAAGAUGCCUCAUGGGGGGGGGGGGGGUGCUCUGGCACUAAGCGUUCACUCCACCUAAAUCUAACUAGCUGCCGUCGCUGUCCAUUUUAGAAAAAUGCAGAAUGUGUGGAGCAAAAUGGGGCAGGGUAUUUUUAUUGAAUAAAGCAGAUUAUUUAAGCA